AGUUGUCGGAACGAUUUUAAGUUGUUAACACGUGCUGGAAUUGUUUUUGAUAUUAUUGCCUGAUAAUUUGGCAAAUUUUGAAUAGUAGACUUGAAACCGGGCAAGAUGUUUGAUGUAACAGCCAGCGGUCGAAAUGGCAAACCCACUGAGCCGCUCAAAUCGUGGAAAAGAAUCAACGAGGAACGCAAAGCACUCAAACGUCAGCGGAAACAGGACAAAGCGAUUAAAGAUUUGCAGAUAUCACAGGAUGCUGAAGCAGCCGCCACAAAGGAGGCCACAGACGCCACAAAAGCCCAGCGAAAUCCAUCUACAGUGAGCAUAGCGGUGCCAGGCUCAAUACUGGAGAAUGCACAGUCUGCCGAGCUCCGCGCAUAUGUUGCCGGCCAGAUAGCGAGAGCCGCUUGCAUCUUUCGUGUCCACGAGGUGAUUGUCUUCGACGAUGUGGGCGUGGCAACGGCACGUGAGACGAAGCGCAGCUAUGAACAGGAUGCCGAUGGCGGAACAACGGGCACAGUGCGGAGCAGCUCGUUGCAGCUGGCCCGCAUCCUGCAGUAUUUGGAGUGUCCGCAAUAUUUACGCAAAUAUUUCUUUCCGCUGCACAAAGAUCUAAAAUACUCCGGCCUGCUGAAUCCAUUGGAUACGCCACAUCAUCUUCGGCAACAGAGCAAGUUUCGCUAUCGCGAAGGAGUCGUUUGCGAUAAACAGGCCAAGAAUGGCCACAGCUAUGCAAAUGUGGGUCUGCUAAACGAUGUGCUGGUCGAUAAGGCACUAGAGCCAGGCGUGCGAGUUACCGUUAAGAUGGAGCCAACAAGCGAUGCGAGCAGGAAACAACGCGGCACGUUGGUCAGUCCGGAGGAGCCGCGUCGCGAGACGGGUGUCUAUUGGGGCUAUCAGGUGCGCAUUGCUCACUCGCUGUCGGAAAUAUUUACGAGAUCACCCUACAAGGGCGGCUACGAUGUCACAGUCGGCACUUCGGAUCGUGGCACAAGUGUACACGAUGUGCCCAGCCAAUCCAUUCAAUACAAUCACAUGCUCAUUGUAUUUGGUGGCCUGCAGGGUUUGGAAGAGGCGCUGGCCAAUGACUCCAAGCUGACCGUGGACGAGCCCGAGCUCCUCUUCGAUCACUAUGUGAAUGUGUUGCCCAAGCAGGGCUCACGGACCAUACGCACCGAGGAGGCAUUGCUCAUAGCCCUGGCUGCUCUGCAGGAGAAACUGCUGCCACAGCACACGGAUGUGGAGUGCGAUCUGAGCGAUUUGCUGCCUCGCAGCGAGGACACAGGCAUUGCGAUGGCACGCGAUAUGCUGGUUAGCAGAAAACAGAAGAAGAGGAAACUUGAGGAGAAGCCAGCGCUACAGGAAUCUGUAACACAAGCAGCACCACCAGCUCCAGCCACAGAACCCGUCACAGCUCUAGCUCGAGCUCCUCAGCAUCCAAAUCCGUUUAACGAGCGUGGGGCUGAAGCUGCCAGCAUCAAUUUGGAGAACGAUUUCGAGGUGGUUUCUUCAGCUAAUGUGCCACUUGUUGCAGCUCAGCUCAGCGCAGGCAGCGAUGAGGAUGAUUUGAGUCGUUUCGAUUGAAUGUGUGUGGUUUUUUUUUACUAUAUUGUACUGUUUCACUCUUAAUAUACAUAGAUGACAUUGCAAUGAUUUGUUUGUUAUGCAUAAAAACUA